AUGCUACCUUCUUCAUCACGCGGUCCUCAAUUGCUCAAAACGGUUGGAAGACCUUUACUAUCCAACAAACCGACUUGUUCAAGUUCGAUAAAUACUUUACUUCCCAAACGACCUAUCACACCUCUUAGGUACAACCACGUCCACCACGUCCCAAGUCAAAAACCAUCGCCUAUAUUGCGUAAAAGAAGCAGGACAUUCAUGAGUACGUCCAAGUGCAGAGCGGAACAUGAUCAAAUAAACCCAACGUUAUCAUUAGAAGAAUACGAGAGAGUUUCAGAACAAGAUAUGGAUGUAUUACAUGAAAACCUAGAGAUUUACGUCGAACAAUAUGGUAAUAACGAUUGGGAAGUUGAAUAUAGUUCAGGCGUAAUGACACUCCUCAUCCCACCCUACGGUACAUACGUAAUCAACAAACAACCGCCAAAUUUACAAAUAUGGAUCUCAUCGCCUAUUUCAGGUCCGGCAAGAUUCGAUUAUAUCGAUGGUGUUUGGGUACAUCAUCGUAAAUCACAUAUCAAAUUAGGUGAAUUAUUGAACACUGAGCUGAAUGACAUUUUGGAAAAGAAUAACGCAGAGGAAGGUUGGGAAGGGACUGGAUUGAAGUAUUAG